CUCUGCUUUUAAAAUGGCGGACAAGAGUACAUUUGUUGGCGCAAGGUUGCGGGUUUCGACGAACGAAGGAGAUUAUGAAGGAACUGUCCAUAGCAUAGACAUAGAAAAGAGAAAGGUUACGUUAAGUAAAGUGGUUUCGUGCGGCACAGGAAGGAAACUUCAUGGAUUUCAUAAUUUUUUUGGUCAUGAGCUGACCACAUUGGAGUUGUUGGAAGAGGCUAGUAACAAUGCUUCACAGGAUCAAGCGGCAGAGAAUGGCCAGAGGCAUGAUACUAGGGAAGAAAAACAACUCUACGGGGAAAACUCAGACAUUGCAUCAAAUCAUUCACUGCAAAUGUCAUCUAAACCAGAUAGAGGAUUUGGAGGCAGAGGAGUUGCAAAGGCAUUUGCAGAUGCUGGCAUUGGAAUCAAUUCAAAGUUAGGAGUAAAAAAGACAGCUGUUUCCAGUGGAUCUUUCUCUAGAGAUGCGAGCGAUGAAGGAGACAGUCUGUUGAAAAGGCACCCUAUCAUAGCAGAGAAGUAUCUUUCUGACGUAACACUUGAUGAGGAAAUAAAGGAGAAUAUAAGUCCUAAUGCACUCCCUGAUAUUGUGCCUAUUGAUUCAUUUGGGAAGUCAUUUGAGGAAGCAGUAAAAUUCAUAAGCAAACAGCGAGUUAUUGGUGUGUGCUGCGAAGGUGUAGAUCUUGGCAGACUAGGAAAACUUUGUUGGCUUGUGAUUGGCUGUAGCAAAGUCAUUUACUUGUUUGAUGUUCUCACUCUUGGAGCUCCAUGUUUUGAUGAGGGAUUACAGGACAUUCUUGAAAGUGGAGACAUACUGAAGGUAUUUCACGACUGCAGACUGGCCAGUGAUGCCCUCUUUCACCAAUAUCAUAUCCGCCUCAUGAACGUGUUUGAUACUCAGGUGGCAGAUGCGAUAAUUUACAAGAAUGAAAGAGGAGGGGAGUUGCCUAGAUAUGUAAAUGGCCUAGUCGCCUGUUUGUAUGAGUACUUGAACUUGUCACCAGAGAACGUGUCCUUCCAGAAAGUGCGACAAAAAUUCAUGAAGACAAAUGCAUCUAUUUGGGCUGUUCGGCCUGCUUCAGAGGCUCUUUUAGAUGCCGCUGCCAAGCACGUCAUGUACCUAAGGGAGCUGCGGCUUGCUCAAAUGGAGAGACUAAUGGCAGAAUUUCUUUAUGGCGUCGAUAUUUACCUGAGUGUCGCUCGAGAUUCCAAGGAGUUGAACCCUAAGGUGAAAGGUCAGCUGCUCCCUGCAAAGUUCAAAGAACUGAACCAUUUCAAUUACCGGCAUCGGUCGAGGCGAUAUGAUGGUGACUUCCAUGAAGAUGCAAAAGGAGUCGUACCAGAGGACGUGCUGGCCAGUCGGGAUGCCUGGUGCGAAGGCGAUCAGUUCACGCAUGCGUAUGAGAAUAAAAAGGGACGUGUGAAGGAAACUGUCAACCCUAUCUAUACUCCCGUGGACAGGCUGAAGGAGAAAUGGCGCGAAAGCGGGAGUGAUUCUGACGGAAGUAACGUCACUUCAGAAAGCAGUGGAUUUAGCAUGGAAGCAGUAACACGAAAUCAAGUCGCUGCAACUCUUGCUGUCAAGUCAUCUUCUGUUUCAAUUCAACCCCGCCCGCAGGAAAUAUUCACAGAGAAAGACUUUCCACCUCUGAACGGCCCUGAUUCUAAGGGGCUUGGGACCCCACCUCGACAAAAGGAAAAACAUCGUCUUCAUUUGCAAGCCGAUAGAAGAAUGGAGGCAAACGUAAGGGAGACAGCCCAUGCGCAGGAGCCCGGACUACAGUCUAAUUCUGCAGAGCCGCCAAGUCUCUUACUACAACGUGCUAAUGCUCUUUCGAGAGAAUCCGCAUCCUUGCCUGGCCGCGGGCGGGCGGGAGCUUUGUUGCGGCACGCCGCUCUCCCGGACGUGAGAUUGCCCGCUGGGUACGAUGGAUCGGGAUACUAUCACUACCAGGCAAGUGGUGCUGAUCGCUACGAAGCAGUUAGAAACGAAUUCCACUUUCCCACCGAUGAAGAACUCCUCACUGCUCCGGAGGUCGUUCCAGUUGCCGACCAUCACCUUGUUGGUGGAACAACAGUAAGGAUCAGAAAGACUUGACGUGAUGUAUGUUGCGUGACGCGUUACCUAAGAGGUGACGUUUGUUGCGUGACGCGUGUCUUAGGGGAUGAAAGUUGGCGGGAAAAGUUCUUAUCGUCGUGGGACCAUCAACGUUUUUCCUGUCGCCUGUGCAUUUCGCGCGAGGAUUUGCAUUUCUGCAUUGGGAUUUCGAAAUAGAUUUGCAAUGAGGACGUGCAUAAUCGUGCAUCAUUUUUUUCGAGAAAGGACCGUCAGGAGCUCACUCCUAGUACGAUACGGAAACUGUUUUUUAUCAGCAAACGAAAAACGUCAAAAUUGCAUUUAUUUACCAAUUACAUGUCAAGUUUUUCACGUUGAGUUGAUACCACUCUGAGAAGCUGUAGAUAGGGAAGAAUCCUUAAACUUUCAGUGAUGUCCAAACCACCGAGGUCUCUUUACAUUUAUUUCCCGAUGUUUCCCUUGAAAAUUCACUCAACCCAGUUGUGAGACCACACCGUCAAGGCGCAGAUCGGAGAAAGUGGACAUUUCGGUGGAUCAAUGGCGAGAUCCAAGAAUGCUGAAAUGUGACUCAGUUGUUAGUCAUUUGAUUUUUUUAAAGGAACCUCUUUUUGAAAAAGACUACCAAAAAGCGUUUAAGAAUUUCAAGGUGCAGUAGCUCGAUCACCUUUCUGAAAAGGGUUAAUGUCAGUGGUCGUAUGAUCUCAGGAACCAAGAGAUUAUAAAAUGCAGUUUAUAACCUCUUGCAGGAACCUAUCGAAGUUUCUGUGGCUCUUAUAAGCGACUGUUUGGGGGACGUGGUGGUCUUACGGUCAGUGCGUUGGACCGGGUGGAAAGGUCUGAAUUCGAGACCUGGCUUUGUCACCGUGUUGUGUUCUUGGGCGAAACGCUUGACUCUCACAGUGCUCCUCUCCACCCAGGAAUAUCAAUGGAUACACGCGAAUUUUCAGGGAAGCCUGAUGUAAUUCUGGGGGGUAACCUCAGGAUGAACUGGCGUCCCAUCCAGGGGGGGGGGGGGUAGUAAUAUUCCUAGGCACUUAUGUUAUGGAAACCGCGAUAAGCUCCGGCUGGAUUGGCCACUUGCCUCCACUACUAAACUUUCAUUCAUCGUGCGACGAAGAGUUUUGCUGCAUCUCAUCAGGGUUUGCCUGGCAGUGAACUGGUGCGUGUUUGUACUCCUGGUUAGAGAAAAGCACAGAGUGAGCAAAGUGUCUCGCUCAAGAAGGUAACCCAUUGACCGGGUUAGAGGUCGAACCCAGACCCCUCGACGUGCUCGUUCCGGUCUUCAUUGUGAAAGCCAAUAGGUAACUGCAUUCCGAGGCCUACACAGGGAGAGAUUUCAGAAACCUUCACUUAUUGUUUACCGUUUUUUUUUUUCGGUAGUUUUCGGGGCCUUUGUAUUGUCUUUAUUUGACUAGUUGUAUUUAGUUUACAUUUGUUAAGGAUUGCUCUAAAAUUAGGUGGAGCUUCACCGGUAAGGCAGUUAGUCCUUUGAACAGCUUCGUUAAUCGUCUCAUGAGUCCUAUCAGCCACUAAUGAAUAGAGCGAGCUCUCACGAGCACUCCCGAGGCAUGGCCACGAGAGCACGAGAUGAGCGAAAACGAGGGAAGUUUGAAUCGGGUCGCAAACCCAAAUCUCCCCCGUUUUUUCGCUCCUGUGCUUCCGUUGUGCCGUUUAUUCUCCCGCUUUGUUUUACUAUGCAAGUCUCGGUGUUACCAAUAACUAUUUGUCAGCUAUGUGAUACGCAAACUAAUAAUGAACCAUUAUAACUCUCCGGUUUGCUGUCUGCUACGAAAUCAACGGGGUUACACCAUACUAAACGUAGAGUAGUCUAGACGGAGUCAAUUACAUGAAAUUUUGACCAUCGAGAUUGGAAAAGUGGUUAGUUACACAUGUUCCUAGCUCCAUGAGUUAAAAGAUACAGAUCCUUAGAAAUGGUAGGCAGAGUGCAGAUGCAUUUGCGGCAUGGGAAAACACCAUCUGACUUAUCUAACAAGCUAUUAGUUGACAAGGCUUUUACUGAUGACAAUAUUAAACGCCUCACAAACGA